AUGAUUGAUCCUUUGGAGAAUGACCUUUUUGAUAUCCCUGAUUAUGAAAACACAGAAGAUGAGAAUUUUCCACCUCUACCCCCUCCACACUCUCCUGGGGGCAGAGAAGAGAGAAGAUGCUGGUGAUAUGGAAAAUGGAGAUGACUGGACCAGGAAUAUGGGAGAGACACAGCCAGAAGAAGAGCCUAAACCUGCCAGGAGAGCAGUGAAGAGGCCGCAGCCCAAACUGGAUGCCAAUCGGCUUACUUCACAGCGUGGUUUACCAGCUUUACGCAACGACAUCUGUUCGAUGAUACAAAGUUCAAGGCAAAGGGCAUGAGGCUGAGGACCUGAAGGCUCUGCUCAGGCAGAUGGAGAAUUGGGCACACAGGCUUUUUCCUAAACUGCAGUUUGAAGAUUUCCUGAGUCGGCUGGAAACAUUGGGGAACAAAAAGGAGGUGCAGACUUGCCUAAAACGAAUUCGGAUG